AUGGCCAUCGUAGUCCAAAACAAUCUAAAGUGGAACCUUCAUGUAGAACAUAUUGUUAAAAAGUCAAGUAAACGCCUGUAUAUACUGAGGUUACUUAAACAACCAAAAGUGGAUAUGAAGACUCUGGUCAUUCUUUAUAUAACAGUAAUAAGACCAAUACUCAAGUAUGCCUGUCAAGUGUGGCAUUUUAACAUUCAAAACUUUUUAUCGGAUGAUAUUGAACAAAUCCAGAAACAUGCAAAAAUCAUUGGUCCAAAUUCAACUUACAAGGAGGCAUUAGAAAUUACAGGAAUUACUACCCUUUAUGACCGGCGGGAAAGACUUUGUGAUGAAUUCUUUAAACAAAAUAUUAAUGACAAAAUGACGGACUUAUAUCCAGACUCAUUUACAUCAAACUAUGACUUAAGGUUUCCUCGUAAAUUCAAUGACUAUAGUUACAAAACUGACUACUUUAAACAUUCCUUUUUACCCAAAAUGAUUUGUAAAGAAAAUAGGAUAUAAUUUUAAUAUCAAUCGUAAUUUAAGUGUUUAGUCUUAUAUUAUUCUUAUAUGUAAUAUAGUAAUAUAAUAGAUUUUAGCUAUAUACAGAAGAUGUUAUGUAAUUUAACCUUUUAGCUACAAAAUAAGUUCAUUUCUUAUUAAAUAAUAAAAUUAAAUAAUAAAUAACCCUAAAAUCCUAUUUUAAAAAAGUCAACCCUAUACCUGAUAUGCUGAACAUAGACAUCCAUGACAUCUCCUGCAGCAAUCAGUGGGUGCAAAUAAUGUGGACGAAUUUAACUAAACUUUGGCACAAGAAUGAGUUUAAAAGACAUUGUAUGGCAAAAAGAGCCUGUGGAAAAUACCUGGAAACAGUUCUAAGAAAUAAUCUCGGCGGGAUACAGCAAAACGUGACUAUGUAAGUCUGUAAUAGAAUGUAUAAUGAUUUUCUUACUCUAGGAUAUGUUGUUUGAGUUUGAAUCUUGUGUUCUAGUUUAAGUUAUGUGUCUUUAUGAGUUUAUGAUCAUUUCCCAAGUUUGUUUAUACCAAAUUGCUCACAAAAUAAUUAAAAACUCUUGACAAAAUGCAGUUGAAGUUUAAAGAAAGCAAUUUUGUCAUGCAUAUAAUAAAUAAAUAAUCACAUGGGCAAGCCGUGCAAUAAUUAUUAACAUCCUUCCCAUGUGAUUACCUAUACUUCUAGAUUUCAUAAAUAUGUUACCUUAAACAGUUAUUUACAUCCAUUUGUUUGAUGUCAUAACAAUAAGUGGCUGGAUGCACUAAACCAUCACUGGAUGGCACUAUUGCUAUGCUCAUGGCCAGAAAUCACAGACAUUAGAACUGCAUGUGUGCACAAAAUUUGCUCUUCAAAAUGGUGACUAGUUACCUAUGUUUUAUGUAUUACAAAAUUAGUUUAUUCAUGAAUAAUUUUUUUUUGUUUUCCUUGGCAGAAGCUGUGAUACUGCCAAUAUCCAAUCAUUCAAGCAAACUAUUUGAACUACACAAAUGGUUAACAGAAUUAACACUUGCUCUGCUUUUCACAAAUAAUAUAAGCAUAUCAUCUUAAUACCUUAUAAAAUGUAUGAUAUUUCCAUGCAACAAACUGUUAAAGCUAUUCAUUCUCCAAACUGUUUCGAUAUCCAUCAAAUUCUGUCUUGGUUAUACGUAAUUGAGUAAUUUGUCCAAGUGAUUUGCCAUCAUUGAGGUUUAUUAUAUGAAUAGUCGGUCUGCUUUUUGGAUAUAAAACGUUAUUUAAGCAGUGGAUCCAGCAUCUAACGCGAAUAACCUGCAUACACAACAUGACAGCUUUCCUUCCAUUGUUACAGUUACAUUUAUACUUAUAAAUCGCAUAAAAUUUGGUCGAUUAGGCUCAUAUUAGCACCAAAAUAAUCCAAAUUCCAUCACCUUUCUUCCUCCGCAGUUCGUUGCUAAGAUACGCAUUUUUAAAGUAAAUGGGUUCUGAAAAACCCAUGCCAUGAAUUUUAAGCCAUGAAUUUUAAUAAUAAUAAUAAUAAUAAUGAAGCCAUGAAUUUUAAUAAUAAUAAUAAUUGUUUUUCUCCUGCAACGUCCUGUUAAAUCCUGGCACAGCCCCCAGCUGGCGGCCAGGGUUUCAACUAGCAUAAUGUAAUGACAAUGAUAAUUACUUUGUAGUUCAAUUACGGGAGUACAAAGGAAAACAAAGUGAUAAUUUCACAUGGUUCCACAAACAAGCACUAACAAUUAAUAAAAUACUAGGAAAAACAGAAACAAACUUCACGGCUGAAGAAACCCCCAAAGAACCCGGAAAAGGAGAAAGCUUUUUACUAUCAGACGACUCUUGUAUUGUUUUUCAGACAAAAGAUGCAAAUCAAACUACCAAUCAUAAUAACAGCGGUAAUUUCACACGGUCCCAUAUACAGCCACGAAUAAAUAAUAAAAUACACAAAGCACAAAAGAAUAAGGCUAGAAACCACUUUGCUAGAAAACCAAACAGUGUCCCUUGCAAUACAUAUAACAAGAAUUUUGCACAUGGUUUUGAUAGGGUAUCAAGUGGUCAAAGACUAAAAAUGAUGAACUUAAAUGAGAACAAAUUACGAGAAUUCACCCACAGUAAUAAUCACCCACAUCAACCAGCAAAUUUCCGGGGUCAAAGGGCGCAUAUUCCAAAAUUUUCUUGGCGAAACGCAAUGCCUCAGUCAUUGGACUGGAGAGAGCGUCUCGAAUUCGUUUGAGAUCUCGUCUGUCGAACCGUCAAGUAGUGACCAACCAACCUCCAAAAUUAAAGGAGCUGUGUCGUCUACUGCGCAUACGUUUUGCGCAUAUAGCAAUUUUGAAAACUACAGGCUGUAGUUUUCAAAGUUAGCAUAUCCAAGAUGGCAGCUACUGGGGAGCUAGCGCGUGGCGGGAGACGCGAGAAUUCAGGACGAAAAAGGAAAUACGAUGGUUCGGUAUCAUCGCAAAAGGGCUGGAACAGUCAACACAGGCGAAUAUACCUUUCGUUGAAAAUAUUCGAGGCAUGGAGAGAUGCGAAAACAGAGGCUGGAUAUGAAGCAUCUAGCGAUUGCGACUUCGAGGCAUGGCGAGAUGCGAAAUUGGAAUAUCGCAGAAGGUAAGGAUAUCAUAUUUCGUAUUUUCGUUUGCAAAUACAUAUUGUAUAAUAAACAGCUGAACUUAUAUUUUAUUCCAAUAUCUAAGGGAGCAACAACCUAGACAACAUCACAAGGGAACUGAGACUGCAACGACAAAUAUAAGUGAAUCAGACGAGCAGGAACUCACCGAAGGUAAACUCAAACGAAGCUUUAAAUUACUAUAUAAUAAAUGUAAAUAUUACUAUUUAAUGCCAUGCAAUCCUGAUGUUUAUUUUACGUUUUUUAAUAUUUUAUAAUUCAUUGAUAUAAAUUAUUAUUAUUUUUUAGGUUCAAUGAUAUCAACUCCCCUAAAGGACAUACCUAUUUAUCCCAUGACCAUUCCAUCUGUGUCUCCGAUAUUGGGAAGUCAAGAGGACUCUGAAAGAUUUGUGGACACUGAUGUAUCCCUUAAUCAAAGGUAUUUUAAUAGCCAUAUUUGACAAUUCAUGAAUUCAAAGGGUUGCAUUACUAGUGACACAAUCAUGAUAGUAACAUUGCUUUCUCAUGUCUUGAGGAAAAAGUGGGGAUGGGGUGGGGGGGAGGAUGAAAUAAAAAUAAAUGCCAGAAAAGCACUAGUUGAUAAAGUAAGAGCAAUAAUUAAGGUAAGGUACCUGGUAUAGGUUUUAUUCCACAACCCACAGAAAUCAGUUUCUCACAUGUACUGUCUGUAUAAUACUUAUAGUAAAACUUAUUUUUAUUAAAUACAGCUCAUCUAUUGACCUGUGUAAAGGCAAUACAUCUAUGUUUACCGAUGAUGAGGGAGAAAUUACUGAUGACAACAGUUCAGAGGAAGAUAUCAGGUAUGUUUUUAGUUCAAUGCCCUCAGAAGUUACAUUUAUUAUGGUAUAAUUAAGGUAACAUAUGAUGUUUGUUUGGGAUGUUACUCUGAUUGUAUAUCCCCACUGGGCAAGCCUGAAAAAUAUGCCUGGCCACAGUGGAAAUCAAACCUACAACCUGUGGAAUACUAGCCCAAUGCUCUGCCAACUGAUCUAUGUGGUCAGGUUGGUUCGGGUAUGUCAUAUUUUGAGAUUCAAUUCCGAGUAACAUCACAAACUUUAUAUACACCUGAGUACAUAACACCAACACAGGAAAAAUUAAUGUAACAUAUAUUUUUACAGCUUACAUGACCUUACAAAGUCAAUUCUGGAAGAAUUGAAUGCUGAACAAGAGGACAUGACAAGACAAAGUGACUCUGAGUAAGUUGUUAUAUAUGUUUAAUUUAAUCUCCAUUCAAGGAUGCUAUGUAGUAAUAGAGUAUCUGUCAUAAUUAGUGGUUUUAACUCUAAAGAUAUGUUUCUGUAUAAAUUACUGCACCACAACAAUAAUUUUUGCAGUGUUAAAUCUAAAAUAUAUUUUAUUAAUAGUGUCAUGAAUGAAAUUAGUGAUGAUGAAAGUGUUGGGCUAGCGGAUGACAUUUUUGAAAUGGUGACUGAAGAAGAUGCAGAACACGAGACAGAUGACAUGAACCUGCAACAACAGUCACAUUCCACCACUGAGUGUACUGACACCUUUGGACCGCAUUGCAGAUUCACCAGAGGGGAUGAGGUGUAUUCGAUGAAGAAGGAAUACAAAAUGGUAAAAGAAAAAAAAUUUGUAUGCUCUCUUGAUUUACUGCUUCAGAUCUUUCAGUCGCGAUGUCAGACACCUGGAUGCACAGCUGAAAGUCAAAUCCAGUAUCACUUCAUUGGUGUUACUGUGGUUAUCAACAGUGUUUGUUCAGAGGGGCAUAAAUAUAGAUUCUGUUCUUCACCUCAAGUGAAUAAUAUUUAUGCCAACAAUCUUCAAGCAGCAACCUCACUUAUGUUCUCUGGCAAUCAAUUUUCUAAAAUUGAGCGGAUGGCAAAGUUUUUUAAUCUGGAGUUCCUGUCAAGUUCCACCUACUACAGAUUUCAAAGACUAUACCUUAUUCCAGAGAUAAAUGAGUGGUGGUCUGGCAUGAGGAAAGAAAUUCUUGUAGAGUUUGCUGACAAGGAGAUUGUUGUUGGUGGUGAUGGUCAAUGUGACUCACCAGGCUUCAAUGCCAAGAAUCUUUGUUACUUCAUCAUGGAGGAAAGUACAAAUCAUAUUCUUGACGUUGAAGUUAUGGACAAGAGACACGUUGGCCUUGUAUCCACCAACAUGGAGAAGGAAGCCGUACAGCGGUGUCUAGAUCGACUCACCAAGGAAGUAAAUGUUGGUCAGUUGGUGACUGAUGCAUCCACAACUGUAAAGGCAUUGCUGGGUAAGUUGAUAUUAUAAUGAUACUGUAGUUGUGUAUUUUUCUUUUUGAAAAUCAACAACAGUUAUAUGAACAAUGGAAUAAAACUGAUAUAUGAAUUAUUCAGUAUAUAAUUGUUGUACUUUCUCAUGUAGAAAAAUGUACUGAUCGCCAUGACAAUAAUCACUUUUGUAUUUUGGCAGGCACUAUUUUAGAUUUUAAUUACAGUCAAUUUCAGCUGACUUUUCAUCGUAAGAUUCCGAACUUCGUUCAUAACUUCGCAAAUUCGUUGCCAAGUUCAAAAGUUCAUAAUGAAAUUCACAAACAGGUUUGUAAACAAAGCCUCUGAUUGGCUACUAAAUCAAACCAGCCAAUCAAAUGCCCAGUUUACAAACCUGUUUGUGAAUUUCAUUAUGAACUUUUGAACUUGGCAACGAAUUUGCGAAGUUCGGAACGAAGUUCGGAAUCUUACGAUGAAAAGUCAGCUGAAAUUGACUGUAAUAUUGAAUUGCAACUGCAAUCCCCCCUUAAAUUUACCAAAUAUUGCCAAGUCGGGCAAUUUUUAGUUCACCGCCGGGCAAAACAAUUUGGCAGUGGGGUUGUGUUGUUGGAGGUCACUAGACAUUGUGCAAAAGCGGCGCCCCCCACCCCGUAAAGAUUUUGUUGACCGUACGCUUAUGACUAAAAAUAUGUUAAUUUAUUAUAUUUUCCAUUUCAGAAACACGAUAUGACAAUAUUGUACACAGUUUGGAUGUUUGGCACAAAGCAAAAAGCAUUAAAAAGUGUCUGACGAAGGAUUUGCCUGUUUGA